AACUUUUUCGAGCAGCACAUGUUCUGAGCAAGACCCUCAACUCUUAAGUGACAUUUUCAACUCCAAUUCGAUUGUGAUUAAAAAGCUUCAUAAGGAUUUCCGUGUAUAAGGACCCCUCCCUUUUGGUCCUAAUUUGAAUUGUUUGAGCUUCUAAACAGUCAAUAGUUAGGGUUUUAAGAAAGAUUUUACACUCAUAUAUAGAUAUCGAAUGGAUAGUAAUAAUAAUCACAACAGCAGCGUGUUGGAGCAGACAUUGCAAGAUGGGAAGCUUCUUCGUUUGCUUAAUUGCUUGAUUGUUGCCCAUCUUCGUGACAGCAAUCAUACCCAGGCUGCUAGUGCAGUUGCUUUGGCUACAAUGACGCCCCUGAAUACUGAAGCGCCCCCUAACAAGCUCAUAGAACUUGUUGCUAAGGGUCUUGCAGCAGAAAACAAUGAUGUUUUUGGAGGUUUUUCUUCUUUUGCACUGGAUUCGAGUGUCAAUGGAACUGCAGCACAUGGCUCGAUUCCAGCUCCUCGCACUACUGUCGUGGAUUUCAGUGCUGUACAUGACACAAAAGGUGCAUCAAAGAUAUUUUCAAAGCAUGAGACUCGUCAUAUUUCAGAGCAUAAGAAUGUUGCCAGAUGUGCACGAUUUAGUCCAGAUGGGAAGUUUGUUGCAACUGGAAGUGCAGAUUUGUCUAUAAAGCUCUUUGAGGUAGCUAAAAUCAAGCAAACAAUGUUGCCAGAUUCAAGGGAAGGUUCUGUGCGACCUAUUAUACGGACGUUUUACGACCAUUUACAACCUAUAAAUGAUUUGGAUUUUCAUCCUCAAAAUAGUAUUCUAAUAUCGGGCGCCAAAGAUCAUACAAUACGGUUCUUCGAUUAUUCCAAAACCGUGGCAAAGAGGGCAUUCAAAGUUAUACAGGAUACCCACAAUGUGAGAUCGGUGUCUUUUCAUCCCUCUGGAGACUUUGUUUUGGCAGGAACUGAUCAUCCAAUUCCACACUUGUAUGAUAUAAAUACUUUUCACUGUUACGUAUCAGCAAAUGUCCUAGAGAGUAAUGCUAAUGGUGCAAUCAAUCAGGUACGGUACUCAUCUACUGGUGGCAUGUAUGUCACAGCCUCAAAAGAUGGUUCCGUCAAGCUAUGGGAUGGUGUAACUGCCAGUUGUGUUCGAUCUAUUGGAGGUGCACAUGGGACAGCAGAGGCCACUAGUGCAAAUUUUACAAAGGAUCAGAGAUUUGUCCUCUCUUGUGGUAAGGAUUCGUCAGUUAAACUUUGGGAAAUUGGUACCGGAAGGUUGGUUAAACAGUAUGUAGGAGCCACACAUACGCAGCUGAGAUGCCAGGCUGUUUUCAGUGAUACGGAAGAGUUUGUACUGUGUAUUGAUGAACCAAGUAAUGAGAUUGUCAUCUGGGACGCUCUAACAGCAGAGAAAGUAGCAAGAUGGCCAUCGAACCAUAAUGGUGCACCUCGUUGGCUUGACCACUCACCAACAGAGGCGGCAUUCAUUUCAUGUGGCACAGACAGGUCAAUACGGUUUUGGAAGGAAACUCUGUAGCUACAUUGGAGUCACAUGCAACAAUACAAGGAAAUGAAUUUAGAUGCAUAAUAGAGAAACUGAGGUGCAAUUCCUUCUUUUACAGGCGAUGGCUAAUCAGGAAAUCCCUAUGUUGUGCAGUGGAUAGAUCAAAUAACAGACACUUGUUGAAUUGCUUCGGAUGAUAGUUUAAUUCCCCUACUUACAGGGAAUCCUUCCAUCUAACUUACGUUAUUAGUCGACUUAUUUGUGUAUCUCAAGUACCCUGUACCUUCUUGAUGACGAUAUUUUUUCCUUAAUUUCAUGUACGCGGCAUUAUCUCAAGUGGAAGUGGAUGUUGGUUUAAA